AUGGAGAUUCCGAAUCUGAUCACGGAGAUGGAGUCACUAAAGGUUCAAGAAGUGGAGAAAGUCGACCAGAAACUUGUUGAUCCAGAUCUCUCCGUAAAGCAUGACGACGCUGCUCAUGAGCCGAUGAAGCCAGAGGAGAAACCAAACGCAGCUCGCGCUUCAGCUCUUGAUACCAUACUCAAGUCUCUCUGGAAAAUCAACGUUUUCAAAAAAGCGUUGACAAGUUUCACUGAAGUAGAUCAACUCCGAGAUUUCAUCCUCAACAAUCUAUCUCUCACUCAUCCUAUGGAAUCAAACGGUGUUUAUGACUUCUUGGUAACCAUCUUGGAGCUUCUUCCUCGCUGGAAAACUGGAAAUGAUGAGGAGGAGGAGGAGGAUGAUGAGCCUCUUAAAUCCAAGUUUGAAGUGUACGAAACACUCAGUAAGAUCUGCAACAGAUGCAAAAUGGAGAUUGAGUAUCCACCAGAACCUGCUUAUGGUCUAAUCGUGGUUGCUAACUCACUCAGGAGAAUCAAGGCAAGUCAUUUGUUUCCUUGUAGCAUCCCUACUGCCUUUCAUGAUGCUAAGAAACGUUUUUGGUUACUAUCACAGUGUGCGUUUGAGGAUUUGACGUUUGAGAAGAUUCUUAAGGUUGAGAGAAUCACAUUGAUGAUGCCUUGUGACAAGGAAGGUUGUGGGAAACGAAGCUAUGUUGAGCGUGGGAUCAAUACCCUUCCAUCUGUUUUCACAAUUGCUUUAGAGUGGGAGAACAAUGAGACUGAAGAAGAGAUAUCUGCUACCACUUCUGUUCUGGCUACUGAAAUUGAUAUCAGUGAGAUAUACAAAUACAAAGGUGACAGUAUAUUCACUAAAUAUCGUCUUGUCUCAAUGGUUUGCUUGUGGGGAGAUCAAUACAGUUGCAUAGCUUAUGAAAACAAAAGCUGGGUCUUACAUUUUGAUAACGAGAAUGAGGUUCUUGGAGACUGGGGCGGUGUUCUCAGCAGCUUUGCUAAACUGAAGAUUCGACCAGAGAUUCUGUUUUUCGAAAACGUGAUGGGGCAGAUUAAGGGGACGGACAAGAUUGUGUUCGGGAGCUUGGGGGAAACAUUCUAA